GCCCCCUCCGUCGCGGAGGCGAGCACGUCGUCUGCUGAGCCGCGCACGGCGCGUGCUAACGGACUCUGAGAGGGGGAAAGAAGGAGCUCCGGUCCGGCAAAGUCUUGGGAGGGACAGCCGAAAAACAAUAACGAAACCGGCCGGGCCGACGAUGAUUCGUUUAGCGGGUCCUGGCUGAGGCGACAGGAGGAGGAAGAGUCCACCGUGAUCCUUUUACCUCAGGCAAGCCGCCAAGAGGCCUCAGGCCUAGCCGCGGGUAGAGGGGUGAUGCCGGACCCGCGCUGAGCAUGGAGGAGACCCAUAUCUCGUGCCUGUUUCCCGAGCUGCUGGCCAUGAUCUUCAGCUACCUGGACGUGCGCGACAAGGGCCGGGCGGCGCAGGUGUGCGGCGAGCCGGACAUCGAGAGCCUGAACCUGAGCGGCUGCUACAAUCUUACCGACAACGGCCUGGGCCACGCCUUCGUGCAGGAGAUCGGCUCCCUCCGCAGCCUCAACCUCAGCCUGUGCAAGCAGAUCACGGACAGUAGCCUGGGCCGCAUUGCCCAGUACCUGAAGAGGCUGGAGGUGCUAGAGCUGGGGGGCUGUUCGAACAUCACCAACACAGGCCUGCUACUCAUCGCCUGGGGGCUGCAUGGCCUCAAGAGCCUCAACCUGCGCAGUUGCCGCCACGUCUCCGAUGUGGGCAUUGGCCACCUGGCUGGCAUGACCCGCAGUGCCGCUGAGGGCUGCCUGGGACUUGAACAGCUCACCCUGCAGGAUUGCCAGAAGCUGACCGACCUGGCCCUCAAGCACAUCUCCCGGGGGCUCCAGGGUCUGCGUGUGCUCAACCUGAGUUUCUGCGGUGGCAUCUCUGACGCGGGGCUGCUGCACCUCUCCCAUAUGGGCGGCCUGCGAAACCUGAACCUGCGCAGCUGUGACAACAUCAGCGACACGGGCAUCAUGCACCUAGCCAUGGGCAGCCUGCGACUUUCUGGUCUGGAUGUCUCAUUCUGCGACAAGGUGGGCGACCAGAGCCUGGCCUACAUCGCCCAGGGCUUGUACGGUCUCAAGUCGCUGUCACUGUGCUCCUGCCACAUCAGUGAUGACGGCAUCAAUCGCAUGGUGCGCCAGAUGCACAGCUUGAGGACCCUCAACAUCGGCCAGUGUGUGCGCAUCACGGACAAGGGUCUGGAGCUCAUUGCUGAGCACCUGAGUCAGCUAACCGGCAUUGAUCUGUACGGCUGCACCCGCAUCACCAAGAAGGGGCUGGAGAGGAUCACGCAGUUGCCCUGUCUCAAAGUGCUCAACCUGGGGCUCUGGCAGAUGACCGAGAGUGAGAAGGUCAGGUGAGGGCUUCCCCACCACUGGCCUGCAUCAUCUAUGGAAGAGACUCUUGGACUGAUGCGUUAUACUGCCUGUAGGGCCACAAGAGAGGAAAGUAGAACGGGCCGUGUCUAGUGCCACAGGGAGAUGGCAGCGGGUCUCUUGUGGCAGUAGAAAUGGUUGUCACAGGGGUUGUUGCCGCUUCUACACCUGUAUCGUAAC